AUGUCGAGAAUAUUAACGAAUGAUAAUGAUAAUGAAAUUCAAACAGUUCAACAAUCUUAUGAUGAUUUUAUACUUGAUUUUAAAGCAGAUCCAUCAAUAACUAUUCUAUCUAAAAAUUCUCUAUCACUUUUGCAUGAAUAUGCACAAUUAAAUGGACAAAAAUUAUCAUUUCAAGUGAUUUCACAAUUUGGACAAAGUCAUCAACCCAUUUUUGCUGUAGCUGUUCUUCUUGAUGAUAGACAAUUUUCAGCUGAAUUUGCAUCAACAAAACGUGAUGCAUGUAUAGAAGCAGCUUAUAAAGUUUUUUAUCAAUUAUCACUGGAUGCAAGACAAUCUCAAAGAUUUAUUACAAAAAAUGAUUGUACAUUGUUUGAUCGUAUUGCAUCGGAAAUUUUAUCAACAUAUCGAGAUUUAUGUAUUAGUGUACUAUUAGAACUUAUUGGUUGUAAAGUUCUUGCUGGAUUUGUUCUAGAAAAAACUGAUAAACAAACAUUUACUGUUAUUAGUCUAGCAACAGGUAAUAAAUGUGCUGGUGGUUCAGUAUUAUCACCGAAAGGAUUAGUUGUUCAUGAUAGUCAUGCUGAACAAUUAGCUCGUCGAGGUUUUAUCCGAUAUUUAUAUGGACAAUUAGAUUCUUUUCGAAAAAAUACAGAAUCAAUAUUUGAAAAAGCAGAUAAUGAAAAAUUAAUAUUGAAAUCAACAAUACGUAUUCAUUUUUAUACAUCAUUUGCACCAUGUGGUGAUUCAGCAUUAUUUACUCCAAGAGAUAAAAUAACUGAAGCAUCAAUAAAAGAUGAACAUCAAUUAUAUCGAACAGCACGUGUACAAGGUCAACUUCGUUCGAAAAUUGAAAAUGGUGAAGGAACAAUUCCAACAGAUUCAAAACAUACGAUUCUAUCUCUUGAUGCUAUUGCAAAUGGUAAACAUGUUCGACAUAUGUCAUGUUCAGAUAAAAUUUUUAGUUGGAAUGUUUUGGGUAUACAAGGUGCACUUCUUUCAAAUAUAAUUCAACCUAUUUAUCUGCAUUCUAUUACAAUUGGUUUUCCAUUUCAUUAUGGUCAUUUAUGUCGAGCUUUAUGUUGUCGAUUACAAGAUUAUUUUAAUUCAAAUUCAUUAUCGGAACCUUAUCGUCUUAAUCAUCCUCUUAUUGGACAUACAAAAUUACAAUGGAAAGAAGAAAAUCAUCGUAAUAAUAAUAAUAAUUCAUAUGAUAGUCUUAAUUGGAAUAUUAAUGAUAAAACUAUUGAAUUAAUUGAACCAUCAUUAGGAAAACGAAAACCAAAUAAUGAACCAUCUCGUUUAUGUAAAUCUGAAAUAUUUCAAUUAUAUAAAAAUAUUUAUGCAACUAAUAAUAAAACUUAUGACCAAAUUAAAAAGUCAUCAGUUAUAUAUCAACAAUGUAAAUAUCAAAUGUUUCAUGGUUUUGAACUUUAUUAUUCAACAGGAUGGAUUUCAAAAGAUCCUUGUUUAUCAAUGUUUAUGUAA